GAAAGUAAAGUAAAGUAAGGGAAAGGAAAGGAAAGAAUCAAAGAUGUUCUCCAUGUGCACAAAGGUGAAGUCGGAGAGCGUGGAGCCGGACUGCUCGUUCAUGCAGCAUCCCCAGCAGAUGCAGCUGCAACAGCCUCAGGCAAUGGGAACUGGCGGGAAACAGAUCAAGGGCGGCUACCUACUGCGCUACAAAAAGCAAAUGUUCUGGAAUCGCUGGUCCGAGGAGUGGGUCGUUCUCUACGAUGACUCAACCAUGGCCUGGUUCACGGAGCCGGGACGUACCUCGCCCUCGGGCAAGAUCCUGGUGAAAGAAGCGCCCGAGAUGCUGGCCAUUGCGCACUGGACUGGCCAGAUACCGCGUCGACCGCCACUGCCUGAUGGUGUCAACGUGUCCCAGUUGAUUGCCCUGGGAUCGCAGCGGAAACGGUCCAAGGUCUACUGGAUGCUGGCCAAGUCCGAGCAGGAGGUUAGCGACUGGAUAGAUGCGAUUACAAAGACCCUGCCGCCGCCGCCACAAAUCGAACUGGUGGUGGACAAGCCGCAUCUGAUGAACGUGCUGCGACGUCCAUUGGUGCGCAUUAGACCUGCCACCCAAUCGGAGGUGAAGCAUCGCAAGGCCGCUGCCCAUAGCAGCAGCAGCAGUAAGCAUCAUCGGUGCACCUCGUCGGCGAUGACCACCAGGCUGUACAAACAGAUCCAGAAUCCACUGGUCAAGAGUGAUGCGGCCGUCGCCAUUCUCAGCAAGAAGCCGGACUCGAAGGCCUCGCUGGCCUGCGCCCUGCCCUGGGGCCAUGGCUGGGGAUGGGCCACGCUGCCAAACGGCGUCUGGAGCGGCGGCCUGACAUGGUCGCAGUGCGAGGACACCUUCACUCUCCACGCCUUGCCCACCACCCACUGCACCAAUCUCAUCGACACCUCUUGCAGCGGCGCCGUCUACCACACCGACAUUGGUGGCUUUGACUUCCACUCCGGCGGAGUGGACGACAUUGGCGGCGAGGACUUUGACUAUGCCAUGGACUGUGGUGAUUUUAUAUUUUAAACUUCCCACACGCGACCCAAAAACACACACUACCCUCCAUACACACUCGUAUAUUACGUAUACGUAAUCGUAUACUCGUAUAUCCAAACAUCAGAACUUUGCCACUGGAACACUCGCAACUGGUAAUCGCUUCGGUAAUAAUAUGUGUGUGUGCGUCCUCUUUGUGUCUUAGAUGUUGCUACAUAAUAGGAAUACACAGGCAUAGACAGGAUACGAAGCCGAAUGCGUAUCCGGCGGUAUUACGUAUACGCCUCGUUUGUUGGCCAGUCCGUUUCUGUAACUGUGCGCCCCAGUAUGUUAGUUGUUCUAUGUCCUGUGUCAGUUUGCUAAUCGCGUUAAGCAGCUAAACAUGUACCGAGAGUAAUGCGAACGUAAUGCAUUUCCCAAACAUAACAAAUUCUGCGGAAUUUCCCCAUUUCAUUUGUGGUAUAGAGAUACAAAUAUGUGUGAGUGCAUUAUCCAUGUGUCAGACUGCUGGAUAAACACAUAUAAAUAUGUACUUAUGCACAUACAGAUAUGUAUGUAUGUAUAACCACCAACUGCACUUUCGC